UUGACACUGGCAGCGGCAGAGCGUGGACGCGAGUGCGAGUGUGAGUGUGAGCCUGACGGUGAUUUCGAAGCACAAUUCGAACUAGAUGCCGAGCUGGUGGAUCGUCACGCCAACGAUUUGAUCCACAUCGAUCAAGUCUUCGAGGAGCUGCGCCAGAAAAUGGAAGUGCUCUCAGUACAAAAUCAAUAUCAGGGACAAUUCGGUGUCAUCGGUUCAAGUAAAGUUAAAGACUGGACGAGUCCGUUAACACCACCACCACCACCACCACCACAACAUUCAUCAUCACAACUACAACCAACAAGCAACAGUCUCAGCAGCGACGACAACGUUGCGCAUAAACAACGCAACAGCAGGAACCAUCGGCGUGGAAGUGCCCAUCGGCCAACAGAGGACGAAGAACAGCAGCAGCUGGAGCUGUACACCGAGGACGCAAUAGAAGGUGGUGACGUCGUUGACGGCGGCAAUUGGUCAGCGCCACAAAAGCCAACACAGCAACAACAACAACAACAACAGCAACACUUUUACUACAAUAAUCACCAUUACGGUGGCACCACCCACCAUACUUACAACAACUACCACCAACAACACCAACAUCACGCCAACAAUUACCACCACUAUCAAAAAGAGCAACAAUUACAACACAACAACCACCAACUAGCAUACACUGAACAACAAAAGCAAGCUGCAGCAAAUCAACAAAAAUCACAACAAGCUAAUUGCGCAACAACAACAAUAACUAAACAACAGGCAAUGGAGGCCACCUACAACAACAACAUGUUCUACUAUGAACCACCAGUAGCAGCGGCCAUCACCCCAACCGGCACCCCAACAUCGGGCAGCUGCUUUGGCAGCGCGACAACCGAUGUAGACAUAGCCGCCGUCAAUGAGCUGGCACACCGGGUGCAAACGGAAUUGCGAGACGCCAAGAAGCGCCACUUGGACUGCACCGAAGUCUCGCUGCCAUAUGAUCUCAUGCCGCGUAUUGCGGCCGAAAUAAUCAAGGCUUCGGAGCGGGAACCGUGUGGCGUGCGCGGCUGUUCGCUGUACAUCGAUUUCGAGUGUGAGCCGGGCAAUGUGAGACGCAUUGCCUCUUUCAAAGUGGAUGACUGCACAGUCUCCACCUUUGAACUGUAUCUCACACUCAAGCAAGACAAGAGCGGCUGGACAUCGCUAUUGCCACAAUUUAUCAAAAAUCUAACACGCAGCAAUACCAUUUUGAUAAGCCCCGAUUUCACGCUGACCAAGAACAAGCUGUACUCCUGCGAUUAGUGCACUUAAAUAAGUUCCGGCUAUGCGAUUGCGAGAAGAGAGAUUUUUUAAAUAAACAUAACCUACCCAGAGAUCUCAUUUAAUCUCCUUCACACAAUCACAAAGAAAGCAUAAUAACUGCAAAAGAAGAAAAAGAAGAAAAACAAAAUUAAACGAAGGGCAUCCGAAUUUGGUCAAUUGCAAAUAAGUUCGAGUGUUGAAUAGACAACUAAUGGACUACUCACAUAGUUUUCUUUCAAUAAAUAUUAAACAAAUGGGCGUGGCUUUAACUACAUACAUACAUACAUACUUACAUAAAUAUAUACAACAUCAAAGAAUGAAGAUGAAGAACAACCACAAUUACUACAACAAAACCAGGAACAACGCAUAACGAGAAUACUUUACUUUCUCAACAAUCCCUCCGAAUUUCAUUAUUUUUACUGGACACCACAAACAAACAACAACAACAACAAAAAAGUCGAAUGAGGCAAUAAAAAUAAUAAACGAAGUAAUGUGAGGUACUUGCAGCUAAACGAAACAGCUUGGGGAAAGAGCUGGAGAUUUCGCAUUGGGUAGAAUCGGAUCGGAUUGGAUUAACCACAGCUAUAAGCCCUAAAAA